UUACAUCCCCAAACACCUUAGUGUGACGCACACACACCGAAUAUAAAAUGCAGUCAGCGAUCGAUGCAGUGUCACCAUGUGCCUGCUCCCUCCUCACGUACACCUUGGACUUGCCGCCCGUCUGGAUCUGCUGCAGGUCCUCGUGGUGGCCGAUGUAUUUCCGCGUGUGUGUGCAGCAGCAAGCCCGCCACGCACCCUCCGUGUGUAUGAGUGUGUGUGUGUGUGCAGAUACGCGACAGCCACGAACGCAAACAUCGCGACAACGAGCACUCAGGAUAUAAAAUGUAGGCAGCGAUGUAAUUUGGGCCCUCCCUCCCUGUCUCUGUCUGAACGCCCCCCUGAGCGCCCCCCUCACGUACACCUUGGGCUUGCCGCCCGUCUUGAUCUGCCGCACUGCCGGGUCCUUGUGGCGGGCGAUGUACUGCCGGGGCUGCUUCAUGUUCAUGUCGUCCAGGGCGGGGCUCGUCAGGGCACUCUGGGCUGCGGCCGCCGCUGCCGCCAGUCGCACGCUUGUCGUGGGCAGCGGGGCGGCGACGGCCGGCUGGUUGAUGAUGGGGGUCUGAUGACACACAACGACAGACAGACAGACAGACAGACAGGAAGGGAUGAAAUGGAUACGUUUGUAUGGUCUGUCCUCUCCCUCAUGGACGCACCUGUCUGGCAGCCGCGGCAUUCUCCGACUUGGCCACGACGGCCUCGAGCUCCUGCAGCGACGGCAGCUCUAUACGAGCAUCUGUGUGGUGGAAGCCACACACACAGAGGAACAGAACAGAUGGCAGAGUGUGAGCAUGUGCAGGGAUAGGGGUGCGGUGUCUGUGGGGGGGGGGGCGCUAGUAAUGUAAUGUCUAUCUCACGUCCAGAUGCUCCUCGCCGCUGAAUUCCCUGGCCUUGUCCAAGUCCUUCUCGUAGUUGACAGCCGUCUCGGCGGCCCUCAACCACACGACUCCCUGAACGGACCACAUGUAACACACAGCACACACAACACACAGCACACAACACACAGCCCGUAUGAUGGUGAUGCCCCGCCGAUAUCCAGGGUGGCUCGGGAAGCCUUCAUCAUGGGCGUGGUCCCGUGACUUCCAGAGUGCCUCGGAACGCCUGCCCGAACCUGAGAAGAGAGACAAGGAAGGAAGAUGAGACAGACACAUAAGUAUGCUCUCUUCUCGUCCUCACUCUGCGGCGAAAUGAUGGUGCGUUUUGAAUUUUUCUUCGUUGCUGGGGCUCUCUUCGGGGUCUUCACCUGCAAGCAACAGAGGCCCUUGACAGCGGUCUGCUGCUGUUCUUGGUGACGCAUCUGCUGAUGACUUGCCUGCACACAUACGCAUGGAUGCGCGACAAAUAGAUAUACAUAAACGCAAGAAUGGUUUUCGCUGUAUAGCGGUGCAGCGUGAGUGCGUGUCUCGCUUCCUGUCUGUUUCUUCAACCUUAUCAACGAUGUCCUCAUUUUACUGACCUGUACAUGCGAGUGCCCGGACGGUCCGCCCUGUAUAUAUAUGGGGGGUGAUUCGUGGUGUCCAUGAAGAAGCACAUGUCGAAAUCGGUGAGCUUGACGGUGCCGUCAGCCGCAAACAUCAAAUUCUCGCCCUUGAUGUCACGAUGAAUCAGCUGCAAACAGGAACACACCAAGAAGGGCCUCGCGUUCUGUCCGCGACCUGCUCUUCUCUCGCCGCUCACCCCAAGCUCUUCGUGCAUCAAUAUAUUGUCGUGCAUAUACUGGAGCGCGAAGAGCGCCUGCAUGACAAUUCUCUUCACUUCACUCUCCUGGUUAUGCAGCACAUCAGGGCUCGGCAGCACGUCAAAGAUGUUAGCGCCGGGCAGCUUCUCCAUUGCCACGUAGAGGUGCUCGUUGUCCUCGAGCAGCUCGAAAAUCUGGACAAUGUGUGGAUGAUCGUUGCGGAGAAGCCUCUUGUAGAUGUCCUUCAGAUAUGAAAUGUCCACAAAUGGCCUGCAUGCGUGGAUGGACAUUUGAUCAUGGACAUUUGAUCUGUGGAUGGCCUACUCGAAGAGCUUCCUCUCGAUGCGUUUGAGGGCACGGUCUUUGCCCUUCUUCCCCACCCAUUCCCCUUCUCCUGUCACUCGAGCUCAUCUUGCAUCAGGCGUCUUAUGAUGUUUUCGAUGCUCUCGUUGGAGGGCUGUCGCGCCUGUCCUGCGGCGACAGCCCCCAAAUCUUGACUUUGAUGCUGUUUGAGAGGCUCCCCUUGUUGAGGCUUGCCGUGCUUAGUCUUGCCCUUCUCGUUCUUGAUGAGCUCUCUAAUGUACUUCUCGCCUGCGGUCUCACGAUUUCGCUCGGCCUCGGCCACUUUGCCGCGGUUGACAAUCUCUUGCAGCUCCUCGGCGAAGGCGGGGUCGGCUGAGGACAU